UAUAAAUAACAUUAAAAUAACGCUUGUUAAUGCCAACAAAGUGUCUCAUAUUAACUGAACGUGCAUCUAAAGAGAUAGAAACAACAGAAAUUCAUAUGCAUGGGAAUAAAUGCACUACAGAACUACUCCGGGUGCUGUUUCACGGAUUAACCUAACAUGAACUGCUUGUGCGUGUCAGCAGAAUGUGUAGUCUGGAUGAGGUUCCUUUUAAAGUAGCUCUGGACUCUGUGGAGAUACAACUGGGUCGGAAAGAGCUGGUUAUAGCUCCUGAACUUACGAUCCCAGACUGUGCUCAAAUACUGCGUGAUACAAAGUAUUCAUUCACUCUGGAGAAAAAGAUCCUGGCUGCAUGGGAAGAACAGCAGAGGAAGAACAGGAAAAAAACACCCCAGAGAGUGUGUCCCACCUGCCCACCAUAUUGGCUGUUGUUCAGCAGCCCUCAGGAGAACCACAGGGUGCACCUCAGGAGUGCAGAAUUAUGGGAACUGGGCCCUCGUCCCCGUAGCUUGAGCCUCAGUGCUGCUGACAUGCGGAAGCUCCGCCCACUUCGGGCUGUCCAGUUCCUCAUUGCUGACACGGACUUCGAGGACGGCUACGGUGAAGACAACGAGAGCUCGUCUGAGGAUGAUACUGUUCGCAGCAAAGAAAGGCCGAAGAGUUCUGGCCCACAGUGCCCGCGGGUUUCUGCCCGUCACACCAAGCGAGGCCCCACCCCUUGCCCCGCCCCUUCUAGCACGCUCCACAAAACCCGGCCAAGCUCCGCCUCCUCUAUAAAAGACAUACGUAGACCCGCCCCCCCUGGCCUCAGCCAGACGCCCCAGGGCAGCCCUCAUGGCUCUAGAGCCCCUCGCAGGAAACCCACCGUAACGAGAACCAACGGACGUCGAAACUCACACACCCUCCUACAGCAGAGACCCUCAUCCGCAGGACCCCUGCCCUCCGCCAGGCCUCAGAAACCAUCCCCACAUGGUGUGCGUCCACGGACAUCCGCAGGGCUACAGGACGCUCAUGCAGAUCUGCUGUGCGCUUUGAGUCAGGAAGAAAGGGAUGUUCUUGAAGCUAUUACACGACACGGAUACACACUACACACUGCCAUACUAGCACUGCAGAGGACAGGGCCCAAGAGUCCUGAUCAGAUUCUGAGUUACCUGAUGUCAUGUGACCGUCUCUGUCGGCUGGGUUUUGAUAAGACUCAGGUGGAGGAAGCUUUGGAGAUGUUCCAGAACUGUGAGACCAAGGCUUCAGAGUUCCUGUUUCUGCUGGCUCAGUUUUGUGAGAUGGGUUUCCAGCAGAGCACCAUUAAAGAAGUUCUGCUGGUGCAUGAGAACCAUAAAGAGAGAGCCCUGGAGGAGCUUAUGACCCGCAGUGGCUGAGAACACACGAGAACCCACUGCUAUGUGAACAAAUGAGUUGAAAAAACCCUCAACUCAAUGCAUAAAUGUAUGAAUGAAUAUGAAUUACUCUUCAUCCCUAUUAAUGCAUUAAUGAACCUCUAUCUCCAGCUCCAUAAAUGUAUAAAUACUUCAGAAUGAAUGUAUCCUUUAAUACUCCAGACAUGUCUCUGAGUCCUGCUUCUUGAUUUAAAUGUAAUUAUGUUUGUAUUGAUGCCACGUGAUUAGCCGUAGAUCUGACUUUUUCAUGAACAUGAUUUAUGACCCAUUAAUGAUGACAGAACUGUAGAUCAGUUUAUCGUGACGAAGAUAAAUCAUCUAGUUGACAAAACAAAUGUUUAGCAUAUUUCGAAAAGAGCUGGGGACUAUUUGAACGACUUCAAUUAAACACUGUUGUGAUAUUAAUUAUGCAUCAGUUAUAGAGUUUCAAGACUGUUUUCAUAAUGUGUGGAAUGUAAUAAGAGGUGCAGAUUUGCAUAACUAUUGUCAGACAGUAUUACUUUAUUUAAACUGGUGAUACUUAGAUUCAGUAUUCAACAACAGAACCACAAAAUAAUAAACCUCUG